GACGAAUCGGUUAGUAACAAUUGACAACAUGUCACGUGUGUUGUUAACAAGUCGUUGUCGCGUUCUCCAAUUCCAGAUGACGACGAGAUACCUGGUGACCGAUCCAAGAUACGGAUUUUUAAAACAAUUAGGUAUCACCGUCGAAAAUCCUGGACUCUACGACGGAAGAUGGGGUGGCUCCGGCAAGUUGAUAGAAUCGAUAUCACCAGCAACCGGCAAGGUGAUUGCGAAGAUUCGGGAGUCCACGCCGCAAGAAGCUAGCAAUACUAUCACAGAAGCGCGUAAAGCAUGGCCGCAAUGGACAUCUAUCCCGACACCAGCGAGAGGAGAUAUUGUCCGGCAAAUAGGCGACGAACUCAGGAGAAAUUUGAAGCCGCUAGGAUGUUUGGUAUCCUUGGAAAUGGGAAAGAUAUUACCGGAAGGUAUAGGCGAGGUUCAGGAAUUCAUAGAUAUAUGCGAUUACGCAGUCGGAUUGUCGCGAAUGCUACCCGGCAGCCUAUUUCCAUCGGAGAGGAAGAAUCACGCACUAUUAGAGAAAUGGAAUUCUCUGGGUGUGAUUGGCGUUAUCUCUGCGUUCAAUUUCCCUAUAGCAGUGUAUGGCUGGAAUAGCGCUAUUGCCAUGGUCUGUGGUAACACCAUCGUUUGGAAAGGAGCGCCGAGUACACCUCUGGUGUCCAUCGCGACCACCAAGAUAAUCUCGGAUGUCUUGGAGCGCAAUGGUAUCCCUGGUUCUGUCGCAUCCUUGAUCACAGGUGGAUCGGAUGUCGGGGAGACUCUAGUGAAUGAUAAACGGGUACCUCUUAUUUCGUUUACCGGAAGUACGAACGUAGGGAGACAAGUGGCACUCAAAGUUCAGCAGAGAUUCGGAAAAUCUCUAUUGGAGCUUGGCGGUAACAAUGCAUUGAUCGUUGCGCAAGAUGCGGAUUUAGAGAUGGCAGUGAGAGCGGCAGUCUUCUCAUGCGUUGGAACAGCUGGACAAAGAUGUACCUCAACCAGAAGAUUAAUAUUGCACAAAAAAGUAAAGAACGAAUUCUUAGGAAAAUUAAAAACAGCAUAUAACAGUAUAUUAAAACGAGUCGGAGAUCCGUUGGAGGACGGAGUAUUGUACGGACCGUUGCAUAAUCAACAAGCAGUCGACAAAUACAAAACAGCAAUUGAGAAAGCUGUGAAAGCCGGUGGCACGAUAGAGUUCGGUGGAAAGCAAAUACAACGACCCGGUUUCUAUGUCGAGCCGACAAUCAUCUCGGGUCUAUCAAUCGAAGCAGAGGUGGUGCAGCAAGAAACUUUCGCUCCGAUCGUUUAUGUCCUGGAGGCAAAUUCCCUAGAAGAGGCUAUCGAUCUUAACAAUGGUGUAGAGCAAGGUUUGAGCAGUAGUCUCUUUACUAAAAGCAUCGGAAAUAUAUUUCAGUGGAUCGGCCCUCACGGAUCAGAUUGUGGCAUAGUCAACGUCAACAUAGGCACUAGCGGCGCCGAGAUAGGUGGUGCAUUUGGCGGCGAGAAGGCUACAGGCGGUGGUCGCGAGAGCGGAAGCGAUGCGUGGAAGCAUUACAUGCGACGCGCGACAAUCACGAUCAAUCACGGGAACGAACUUCCUCUAGCUCAGGGCAUCAAGUUCGAAUAAAUUGACUGGGUUGACCUCGGGAAGAAAAGAUCAGCGCUUCAAUUCAAAUCGUAUGAAAUCCACCUGUAUAUCAACGGAAGCUUUCUUGUGGAAUUUGUAAGCCCUCGGUAGAUCGUAUCUAAGUUCCGCUAUCACCUUUCCUUCGGCGCCGAGCUGUGUCGCCUUCGAAAGAACGUAAUCUCGCGUGCUGCUCUUGUGCAGCGAGUAAACUACGUUGGACGAAAGUUUCAUUGCCACCUCGAGAAAUUUCAUGUCGGUGCCGGCAUUAUUUUUAGUGCCAAAAGGUGGAUUCAU